UGCGUGUGUAUAUAUUCCUGCCGCAGCAGCGCCGUAGGUCUUUUCGCUGCCCCUGUUUGUUCGCAUCCCUCCGCUCUGUUGUGGAGGCCCUGCUCUCCUCCUCUCCCCAUUCCUGGUCCCUCGUCCUCCUUCUGUAGAGCGCGAGUGUGUGUGUGUGUGUUAUCCAGGGCUUUCCACCAUGGCCGCUGUUACUCUCUCCCACUGUGCCGCACCCUCCUCAUCUGUGGCACACCGCUCCUCCGAGGUGCUGGGUAGCGCUGGCCCCAAGAUGACCUCCUUCGCAGGGUUGAGGUCUGUGGCGUUCGCUCCCAAACUUGAGAAGAGCUUGAGGAAUGCUGUGGCCGCCGUGCCUUGCUGGCGGCGGGGCGGUGCUAUGUCUAUCAACAUGGUGGCUACACCUGCUGUGCGUGGUGUCGAUGUGGAGUUUCAGACUGAGAUCUUUAAGAAGGAAAAGAUUACCCCUGCCGGCCGUGAUGAGUACAUUGUCCGAGGUGGACGGGACCUGUUCCAUUUGCUGCCGAAGGCUCUUACAGGGAUCAAGAAAAUUGGCGUAAUCGGCUGGGGAUCGCAGGGACCUGCUCAAGCCAUGAACAUUCGCGACUCGCUGGCUGAAAUCAAGUCUGAUAUUGUCGUAAAGAUCGGAUUGAGGAAGGGCUCCAAGUCUUGUGAGGAUGCGAGGUCGGUCGGCUUCACCGAAGAGUCCGGAACUUUGGGUGAUGUUAUUGAAACAGUGGCUGAGAGUGAUUUGGUCCUGCUCCUCAUUUCUGACGCUGCACAGGCUGACAACUACAAGGAAAUAUUCAAAGCCAUGAAGCCCAAUUCUGUCCUGGGUCUGUCUCAUGGCUUUCUCUUGGGUCACCUCAACUCUGUUGGAGACAGCUUCCCUGAUGACAUCAGUGUGAUUGCUGUUUGUCCCAAGGGAAUGGGACCUUCCGUUAGGCGUUUGUAUGUGCAGGGAAAAGAAGUGAAUGGGGCCGGUAUUAAUGCCAGUUUCGCUGUGCACCAGGAUGUUGAUGGAAGAGCCACGGAUGUUGCUCUCGGUUGGUCCAUCGCUUUGGGCUCGCCCUUCACCUUCGCUACUACACUCGAGGAUGAGUACAAGAGCGACAUUUAUGGAGAGAGAGGUAUUCUCCUGGGAGCUGUGCACGGUAUAGUAGAAUCUUUGUUCAGGCGGUACACUGCCCAGGGUAUGUCUGAAGAGGAUGCUUACAAGAACACUGUGGAGGGCAUCACUGGCGUCAUCUCCAAAAUCAUUUCAACUAAGGGCAUUUUGGCUGUUUACGAGGCUUUAAGUGAGGAAGGUAAGAAGGAGUUUGAGGCAGCCUACAGCGCUUCUUUCUACCCCUCUAUGGAUAUCCUCUAUGAGUGCUACGAGGAUGUUGCUUCCGGUAAUGAGAUCCGCAGCGUCGUACUGGCUGGUCGCAGAUUUUCCGAGAAAGAGGGUCUGCCAGCUUUUCCUAUGGGGAAGAUCGAUGGAACCCGCAUGUGGCAAGUUGGUGAGAAAGUUCGGGCUUCACGACCCAAGGGUGACAUGGGUCCACUCCACCCAUUCACUGCCGGUGUAUACUGUGCACUCAUGAUGGCCCAGAUUGAGGUCUUGAGGAGGAAGGGGCACUCGUACUCGGAGAUGGUUAACGAAAGUGUGAUUGAGGCUGUUGACUCUCUCAACCCUUUCAUGCACGCCCGUGGUGUAGCCUUCAUGGUGGACAACUGCUCAACAACUGCUCGUCUCGGUUCCCGCAAAUGGGCGCCACGAUUUGAUUACAUUUUGACUCAGCAGGCUUACACCGCAGUAGAUAACGGAACUCCCAUUAACAAGGAUGUUCUAGAGAGCUUCAGGGCAGACCCGGUUCACCAGGCCAUCGCUGUCUGCGCAGAAUUGAGGCCCAGUGUUGAUAUUGCUGUAGCUGAGGAUGCUGACUACGUCAGAGCUGAAUUACGACAAUAGAGGGACGGUUUCUGGCCCAACGUAGAUGAUUAUUUUACCUUAAGGUCCUAGACCACAGAGGUUUUAAAAUGGGCUUGGAGGUUUAUUUGUGGAGGAUGAAUUGAUUGUUCCUCAUAGAUGUGCCUCCACAAGCGAAUGAAUGCGUUCACGAUCAUGGUUUUUUGCUUGGUUUCUCUUAGUGAAGCUAGCCAUUGUAAUACCAGUUGUAUACCGUGUGUGGACACUCUCCAUGCUCUCUACUGUGUAGUGACCUGAAGCUGGGCAGUGAUGGUUUCACUAACUCCAGGCCCUGCACGAGCCACAAUGAUAUCCAUUGCAGUAGAGUCUAUGCAGUGUUUAAGAUUUUUAAGGUCUGAAACUGGAAAUUGUGUACGAUCAGAGACGCUUUAACAUUAAAGAGCAAAUGCAUGUCGGGCA